UAUAGAAAAUCUACAAGUUUUGAUGCUUUAGUUGGUAUUCCACACUCGACCUAGAAGUUAAACCAACUUAGCUUGGCAUCGAUCAAAUUCAAUCGUCCAUUGAAUUUGAUACGAUCGGUCGCGUCUUCUCCUUUCCGAUCCUCACAGUACCGUCCGCAAGGAUUAACCACGCACACCGCCUAGGAUUACCUACGCACCCGGGAUUACCGCAACUGCCGUUUGUAGCAGUCCGAAAGUGUACACCAUGAGAAGUGCACUGUUCGUCUUGGCGCUUUGCGUUGUGGCUGUGGCCACCGCAUCGGCCGAUACCCAUGAGCGCAAAACUCGUGCCGCCGAGGGAUACUUCUACCCCCCGCCCGAUGUUCCAUUCGAUCUGCCCGUCCGCACCACCCAGCCGCCCACAAGGCCGCCAACGCGCCCUCCCACUAGGCCACCCACCAGGCCACCCACUAGGCCUCCCACGCCACCACCAACCUACCUGCCGCCCACCAACAAGCCACUGCCACCAGUGACCACCCGUCUUCCUCCUCCACCACCACCACCAAGGACUCCUCCCCCAACGAGGCCCCCAACUAGGCCACCAACCACUCGUCCUCCGGCAACCUACCUGCCACCCACCAACAAGCCACUGCCACCAGUGACCACCCGUCUGCCUCCUCCACCACCACCACCAAGGACUCCUCCCCCAACGAGGCCCCCAACUAGGCCACCAACCACUCGUCCUCCAGCAACCUAUCUGCCACCCACCAACAAGCCACUGCCACCAGUGACCACCCGUCUGCCUCCUCCACCACCACCACCAAGGACUCCUCCCCCAACGAGGCCCCCAACUAGGCCACCAACCACUCGUCCUCCAGCAACCUAUCUGCCACCCACCAACAAGCCACUGCCACCAGUGACCACUCGUCGUCCAACACCACCACCAACGAGGCCACCACCACCACCAACCCGUGCGUCGACUCCGGCACCAACUUACCUGCCACCCACCAACAAGCCUCUGCCACCAGUCACCGUGCGCACCACUGUUCGCACCACUCCUCGUCCAACUCUGCCUCCUACCAGGCCACCAACUCGUCCACCGACUCGCCCACCAACCACUUACCUGCCACCCCCAACUGUGCGCACCACCCGCCCUCCUCCACCACCCACUCGUCCCCCAACUAGGCCACCAACCACCUACUUGCCUCCCGUUACCGUGCGUACCACCCGUGCCACCCCACCACCAACUCGCCCACCAACCCGGCCACCAACCUACCCACCGACCACUCGUCGUCUGACCACUCCGGCUCCUACUUACUUGCCACCCACUAACAAGCCACUGCCACCAGUCACCGUGCGCACCACUGUUCGCACCACUCCUCGUCCAACUCUGCCUCCUACCAGGCCACCAACUCGUCCACCGACUCGCCCACCAACCACUUACCUGCCACCCCCAACUGUGCGCACCACCCGCCCUCCUCCACCACCCACUCGUCCCCCAACUAGGCCACCAACCACCUACUUGCCUCCCGUUACCGUGCGCACCACCCGUGCUACCCCACCACCAACUCGUCCCCCAACUCGCCCCCCAACCCGUCCUCCAACUAGGCCACCACCACCACCAACCCGUGCAUCCACUCCCGCUCCUACCUACUUGCCACCCACCAACAAGCCUCUGCCACCAGUCACCGUGCGCACCACUGUUCGCACCACUCCUCGUCCAACUCUGCCUCCUACCAGGCCACCAACUCGUCCACCAACUCGCCCACCAACCACUUACCUGCCACCCCCAACUGUGCGCACCACCCGUCCUCCUCCACCACCCACUCGUCCCCCAACUAGGCCACCAACCACCUACUUGCCUCCCGUUACCGUGCGCACUACCCGUGCCACCCCACCACCAACUCGCCCACCAACCCGGCCACCAACCUACCCACCGACCACUCGUCGUCUGACCACCCCGGCUCCUACUUACUUGCCACCCACCAACAAGCCUCUGCCCCCAGUCACCGUUCGCACCACCGUUCGUACCACUCCUCGUCCCACUCUCCCUCCCACGAGGCCCCCGACUAGGCCACCAACCACCUACCUGCCUCCCCCAACUGUGCGCACCACCCGUGCCACCCCACCACCAACUCGUCCUCCAACCAGGCCACCAACCUACCCACCCACCACUCGUCGUUUGACCACCCCGGCUCCUACUUACCUGCCACCCACCAACAAGCCUCUGCCACCGGUCACCGUGCGCACCACUGUUCGUACCACUCCUCGGCCAACUCUGCCACCCACGAGGCCCCCAACCCGUCCACCAACCCGCCCACCAACCACCUAUCUGCCACCCCCAACUGUGCGCACCACCCGCCCUCCUCCACCACCCACUCGUCCACCAACCCGUCCCCCAACCACCUACCUGCCCCCCGUCACUGUUGUGCGCACCACCCGCCCUCCUCCACCACCCACCCGUAGGACCACCGUCUACGUGCCACCACCAACCGUGCGCACCACCGUGUACGUGCCACCCCCGACUCAGCGCACCACAGUCUACGUCCCACCCGCACCCACCAAGCACCAGGGCUACCAAUACCCCGUGCCCAGCAUCCCCUUCAACUUCUAGAUCUAGAGAUCCAGAUGUGAUUAGGGAUAGGGCCAUCGUCUAGGGCUAGAUUGAUCUAGUCAAUUCUCGUACAGUCUAACUUUACACGAUCCGGCGCCAGCGGUGCUAGAGGGCGCCACUGGUGCGCCUGCAAGGACGACACUUGUUUGUUUUUAUUUUAUUUUUGUAAUUAAUGAAUCGCAUACUCAUACAGCUAGGGAUCAUUGUAAAUGAGUGCCCCAAUUGUACAGCUAACAGUCUAUCCAACUCUUGCUAUGUUCUACCACUACUCUACGAUCGAUGGGCGGCCGUCGUCUGUGACGGACGCCAGCUCAAGACUAUAUAGCUCUAUAUUACGAUUAAAUAAACUUUUAAUUCGGAUCGCUGAAACCUGAACAAUAAAAUAAGUUUUUCGAAUA